AUGAAGCUACUUACUACCCACAGAGUCCAUGAGAGAAGUCUUCUGAAGUUUAACCGGCGCACACAACACCUAGCCGGCCUUCGCAGCUCCGACUUGAGAGCGCUCCGCGACUUAGCGGAAUAUAUAUCGAAAGCAAAGGGUAGAUGGGCCGGUCAUAUUAUGAGAAGAAUCGACGACAGAUGGACUAAAAGAACGCUAAAGUGGAUCCCAAAAGAUGCUAAGAGCCCUCGACCGCCAGCGAAAUGGGGUGACGUAUUAGCUACACGGAUGAACCAGCUGACGGAACUUCAUUGA